GGCCAUGGUUCUUGCCGAGCGCGCGCUAGUUGCCCGUUUCCAUACAUCCGGCUCGGAUGUUUCAUCUGCUGUAGGCUCUGCCGCUCCGGUUUGUCCGUGUGCUGAACCGCGCUUUUGCCGCGGUAUCGUGCGUUCUUGCCUGCUGCUACGUCGUCGUGUUCUCUGCGUGUUUCCGCGUGUCGCUGUGGUGUCGUUGUGUAGUAGCAAGCAGGUUUUGUGGCCGAAUCUCGGCGGAAUCGAAAUUAGUGGUAACUCUUUAGUUCCGCUCCGGUAGCUUAGUGAUAGAGGGAUAGAGACUAACCUUCAAAGUGCAUGCAAGUGUGAGUGUGUGUGAAUGUGUUGUGUGUGUACCUGUACCUGGAAGUGCGGCGAGUGAGUGUUUGUGCGUGUGUGUGUGUGUACAGUGUAACCACAACACAGUGUGCUGGAAUGGAAAUGUCCCUGCCGUGCGAUGACAGCGCGUGAACAACGAGUUUAAAGUGAACGUUUAUUGCGAAACAAAAAGCUGCCGAAAAUCAUCAUUUGCCGUUCCGUUGUUGCCCCACGGGCCCCCGUGAACAGAGAAGAGAAUCCCCCAAAGCCUACUCAGUGCUUAAUUGUUCGCUCACCCUCCACGAGAGCAGCUACUUACCCGUUCCCAGAACAUCCAGAAGGGGUAAAAAGCCCACCAAACGUUCGGGCCGACAGGGCAGGGCGGGUAGAAACCACGGGCAUGGAUCCGUACGGCUGGCCGGCUUCACCGUUGCGUGCUGGCGGUGGUGGUGGAGGAGGUGGUGGUCCCAGCGGCAUGUACGACAACAUUUCCAACGACGGCAUACCGAUGGACGCGCUGGCCGAGCUGCAGGACACGGGAUUCGAGCCGCAGACGCGGGCCCGCUCCAACACCUGGCCCCUGCCGCGGCCGGAGAACUUUGUCGAACCGGAAACGGAACCGGACAGCAACAAGUGCAGCAAUCAGCAGCUGGCCAACACCGGCUCCAGCAAUACGCAGCUGCAGGCGGCCGCAUCAUCGUCCUCGUCCAAGAAGAACUCAUCGCGACGCAACGCCUGGGGCAAUCUAUCGUACGCCGACCUCAUCACACAAGCCAUCAGCUCGGCCAGCGACAGCCGCCUAACGCUCAGCCAGAUCUACGAGUGGAUGGUGCAGAACGUGCCGUACUUCAAGGAUAAGGGCGACUCGAACAGCAGCGCUGGCUGGAAGAACUCGAUCCGGCACAAUUUAUCGCUGCACAAUCGCUUCAUGCGAGUACAGAACGAGGGUACGGGCAAGUCGUCCUGGUGGAUGCUGAACCCGGACGCAAAGCCGGGCAAGUCGGUGCGCCGGCGAGCCGCCUCGAUGGAAACGUCCAAGUACGAGAAGCGCCGGGGCCGGGCGAAAAAGCGCGUCGAAGCGAUCCGGCAGCAGGCUGCCCUCGGUCUGGCCACCAACCCACUGAACGAUGCCACCCCGUCACCGAGCAGUAGCGUUAGUGAAGGAUUAGAUCUGUUCCCAGAGAGUCCACUGCAUAGCGGUAACUUUCAGCUGUCGCCCGACUUCCGGCAGCGCGCCUCCUCGAACGCGAGCUCGUGCGGUAGGUUAAGCCCGAUCCAGUCGAUCGUGGGCGUCGAGAACACGUGGAACUAUACGGCGGCGGACGUGGCCGACCUGGUCGACAGUGCCGAGCAGGCGCAGGGCGACGUGCUCGAGCUGGACAUCGGUACGCUCGAUCAGCUGGCCGGCUCGCUGGCGGACGAGCUGACGCUGCAGCAGAACGAUUACUUCAAAGGAUUUACGCAGUCGACGGCGAUGCACAAUCAGCCACCGCCGCCACCGUACCAGCCGCCCCAGCCCUACUCGCUGAUGGCCUCGGUCGCCCCGUCCUACGGUCUCCCGCAGCAACAGAAUCAGUGCCCGAUUCAUCGCAUACAACAUUGUACCUGCAUGCUACAGAAUAAUGCUCGUGAGAGCAUCUCACCGGCGUCCGGCACCGGCAUGUCGCCCUCAUAUCCGCACAGUGAACCGUCACCUGACUACGCCAUGCUAAUUGGAUCUCGCGUAAUACAAAGAACGCCCUCGUCUAGUCCUCCGCUAACGCCAAAUACGAUCUGCGGAUUGAUAGCGCCACCGCCGCAGCAGCAGCAGCAAGAUCCAACACCGCAGACGCUAAUGGGUCAAGUGAUGGAAGCUUUAAACAGCCAAACAAACAUCGACGACAUCAACAUCAACGUGGAAGCGUUUCCGUGUGUGGAUGAGGUGCUAAAGCACGAGCUCAGCUUGGAGGGAUCGCUCGAUUUCUCCAACCUGCCACUGUCGAUCCACAACAGCUACGCGGCCCCGAACAAUUCCAACUCGUCCGACUCGUCGUCCGGGAUCAGUGCGAUGACCGCACCGUCCCCGAACCAGCAGGCGGCCGCACACAACCACGGCCAGUACGCGGCCCGCACGAGCGUCACGCCACCGUCCUGGGUGCACUAGGGCGUGUGGUGGCGCGCGGUGCAUCGAGCCGGUACCGAUGGCGCGAUGCGCGCAUCGGUCCAGUGAAUCGAACGCUUUUCCGAGAGCGGACCCAGUGCCCAAGUGCUGUGAGAUUGCAUCCCCUUGAAAGAAAAGCCCAGCUUGCCGAUUGGGGGAGAAGAAAAUAAAAACAAAACACCGACGACCGAAACGACUCACGUGGGAAGUGCUGAACAACAACACCAUCGCUUUGCUGAUCACGUGAUCGUACCGGAAACGGGGAGAACGAACGGAGGAAAAAGGCUCUGCAAAAUGAGAAAUUAAACAGACAAGCCAAGCUUUUUGUUUUUAUUGUAAAUAUAGUGUAUGCGAGAGCGUAAGUGUGUGAGAGAAAGAGAGAGAGAGAGAGAGAGAGAGAGAGAGAGAGAGAGAGAGAGAGAUAGAGAGCGAGAGAGAGGGCGAGAGAAUGAAUGGAGUCUCUUGUGUGAAUGACUGCGAAGGCUAGUAAACAAGAUAGAGUAACAGGUAGAGUUGAUUAGUAGUAGGAGCGAUAGUAGGAGCGAUAGCAGUAGAGUAGCGUUAGUUGCAAUAGUUUUUACCUUAGUACCUACACGCAGCUAUCCUUAUGUCGAGCUCUAAGCUGUAGCGUAAGGAGCAGCUUAGUACAUUGUUUUAAGAUGCGCAACCACAACAACAAAAAGUCACACGCACACACACAAAGUAAGCGAGAGAAGGAGUUGUUUUUUGUUUGUUUCGUUCGUUCUUUAACUAAAGUAGGGGCUAAGAUUUACGGAUUUAUUUGUGUUUUUUUUCCUCUCUCUCUCCCUCUCCUGGUAGUGACAUCUCAUCAAAGCAUUGUUAAAUUGUUUGUUGAAUUUUUAUUUGAUUUGAUUUUUUGUGUACGAAACGAAUUGUUUAACCGUUUAAUAACUAACAACAUUGCGCAGGUGUGCAACAAACUCGCUGCACCGGGAAAAGGGUGACAAACACUGGUUUAGUUAAGUCAGCCUUCCCAUUCCCUUAAGCCGCCCCUCCCCACUCACAAUACUUCCGCGCUGUGUGAAAACUCAACUGAAAGUUGUUUAUUGGUCUUCCUUUUACGACCUUUUUUGUUAUGACUAAACACUAAAAACCUGAUCUUAUCUUGUUAUAAUAGUACUGUUUAAUUAUUUUUUUUGUGCGUUUCGUUUAUUAUUAUUUUUUUUUUUUGGGGCGGGGAUAAUUGAAUCGUUCUUUUGAAGGCGACCGCCCGAUAGUGUACAGAAUAAGCUUUUGCGAAGUAUGAAACCCAUAAACAUACGUAUAUAAUAAUCAAACGUAGCUUAUCGAGUAGCAAUUAGGAGAAGAAACUGUACAUACGUGACGACAAUAUAGGUUGUUAAGCUAAGCUAUAUAUAUAUAUAUAUAUACUCCGUGCUCUGGUUUUGGUACAACGAUCUGUUUCGCCGACAGGCCCUUCCCAGCCGCCCGCCCCGUAUUGGUCGUUUUUCAAGCGAUGGCUGCACAAGCUUCUUCUCGCUACUUAACACGCUACUACCACGAACGCUUGGUUGUUUGGUGAUAUAAAAAAAGCACCAAAUCAGCAUAGAAAUUUCCAUUGCAAAGGAAAACUUCUCCAUUUUCAUCUCGAUCACUAAACGAGUGCAGCCGUAGCCCCAUGGAAUGCUGACGAUACGAUGGCGAGCGGGUCGUGCAUGGUGUGUGAGCGUGCAGCGAGUGCAGCGAGAAUCAUAGCUAAAACGGUACACAUUAAUCGGUGUAGAACUUCUAAUCCAAUAAAUUGCCAGUGCCAUUAGGGAAAACAAAACAGAAAACAACAAAAUCUUCUAUUUGUACUCGACGGUAGGGGUGUGUGCGCACGUCGCACGAGAAAGAAAGCUAUUGCACCACACACAAGCAAACAGCGCUAUAUGUAUAUUGUCGACUUAGUACGAUUCUUGCUAGCCUGUUAAAACAGAAACAUCCCCCGAGAGUUCAUCCCCUUUACACACAUACGCACUCACACUCAUUAUCGUGUAGGUUUGUGUACAGGGCCGGUGUUGGUGCGUUUGUCGUUUUCUUUCUCGCUAGUUGAUUCACGCGCAUUGCUACUCUACGAAAAGGUGUUGAAGAGCGACGAUAAACGAUCGUAAGGUACGAUUGCACAGACUAGCUGUAGUAGUUUCCGAUAGGGCAAAAUGGUGCAUAUAGCUGCAAAAAAAAACUAGACAUACACAUACACAGAUACAUAUAAAUGGCUGUUUUGCUAGAUGAAGGUAGUGUAUACCGGACGAACAUCCGUAAAUGGUAGUCCCAGUUGUGUGAUCAAAACUCUCGGGACACUAGUGGUACGGCUUUAGGAUUUAGGCGAGACACAAGUGAAAUAAGCGUAACAUAAUUUCUUGCAUAGAUAAGGCGAGUGUGUAUGGGCGCGUGUCCGUUUGUGUGUGUGAGAGAGAGGGAUAGUGUUCUAGAGUUAAUAAAUCUAAAUUCAAAUCAUACUUAGGCUGAAUGGCGAGGGGGAAGUGGGAGCGUAGAACAUAAAAAAAACUGCAACAUAAAUAUCUAACACACUGUAAUGUAAGAGAAAUAAUCGUGUGUGUGUUGUUUCACGCGUGUAUGUGAAUUGAAAACAAACACAAAAAUGGGAGAAAAACCCGUUUGGAAAAUUUCAAGAAAACACCAUUAAGAUUCCUUUUGGUUUUGUUUCCUUUGCUCAUUCUGAUUGCAAAAACCGAUUUUUUGUCAAACACUCCCCCCCCCCCUCCUUCCCUCCUUCUCCCCCACAGUAUCUAUGAUAAGUUAUUGUGGUGUACGCUUACGAGCUGCAAGAAGGUAGUGGUAGUGUACAGUAAUUAGUAAUAUUUCGUUUGGUAGCUUUAACGCGUGCUGCAGCAAAGGGGUUACAUUGUUAGAAACAGGAAUUAAAGCAGUAAAGUAAAUUGUGUAAAGAAUCGUCAGUUAUGAGCUAAGAGGCAUCUAAAAGAGUAGGACAACACAAGCGCUUAUAAUGGGAAUACGGAAGCUGUAGGGAGGAACUGAUCGUGAAGGGUCGCACUCUUAUUAUCAACAUCCAUUAAAACCAUCCAUGCCACUGUUCUUCAAGCCUUCAAGGGCUAUUUUUUUGUUUAUUUUCGAUUUUUUGUUUAAUGUUGCAAUUUUUACAAUGAAAUGCAAAAAAAAACAAACAAACAACAUCAAUGUGCAAUUUAGUUAAUGUAAACACACGCAAGUGUAAAGAAUCGACAGCUAAGUACGCAGAGAAGCAGUAGAGCGUAAGCAACACACAAAGAAGAGAAAAAUUACACUAAAAACUAAUAAGCAAUGCUAUGAGUGAAUGCAAAAACAAAAACAGACAAAUGGAAAAGUAAAAAAAGGGGAAAACAAGGCAUCGGAGCACGUUGAAUAGAAGGAUAGGAAAGUAUAAAGAGCGCUUCAUGAAACGAACCAUAAAAACCACAAAACAAGCAAGCAAAACAAGAUGGAGCUGUGAGCAAAUGAAUGUCGCAAAGUAGCAAACAAACAAACAAAAAGCCGUAUGUGUUCAGGAAAGCUUCCCCGAGAGAGGGAGAGAGACGAUACACGGUGGAAAACUAGCACUUUAACUGCUGUUCUGUUCUGGUGCUGUUUAGCUAUUGGGAGGGGUAGUGAAUUGACUUGAUGGCAACAGAGACAAAAACACAACAAAAACUUUGAAACAUCAACAAUAUUAGCUAAGUCCUUUAUACUUCUGUAAUUUUCCAGUUUUGGCUUCUAUCGCUCCACAUACACAAUUUGGUUCUUUCUUUUCGAAGUGCUGUUUGUAUGUGUGUGGAUGUUAAUUUUUCAUUCAUCUUUAAUACUUCAUUAGCUUAACUUUUUUUUGUGUUUUGCUUCUUUCCUCCCCUUUUUCCCCCAUUUCUUUUGUGUUUAGUUACUUUUUAUCGCCAUUUUGUACAAAUUAAGUUAGGUUUGGAAUGUUCGUACAUUGCGCUGCACGUGCGCUGCAAAUUAGUUCGGAUAAGGAUAAUAAUAUAGCGCGAAUGUUAUCGGAAGGGAAAGGAAGAAAAGCUAUCGGAGAAGCGUUUGUAGCAAAAAUAUAGGUGUGCGUAUCGCUGUAGGGAAGGUGGGUUUGGAUUGUGCGGCGGAUUGUCAGUAGAACAAAAAAAGAAUGAGUUUGUUGGCGUGUGUGUGUGUGAGAGGUAGAGAGAGAGAGAGCGAGAGAAAGCGAGGAACGAAUGUUGAAAUAAACUAGAAAUACUUAUUACUUUAAAAAA